GCGGGAGGCGGCGGCUCGGCCCGCCUCUCUCUUGUCCUAGGUCCCCAACUCCGGGACAUAGACGGAGCCCAGCAAGCAGCUUCCAAAACCACCCACUGGCUGUCCCUGGGCGCAGACGCCAAGGCCACUCAGGCCAGGGCAGGGACCCCGGCCGGCCUAGCCAGUUCCCAGCCCCAUGGCCCCAGCCGGCCGCUGAGCCCCACCAUGGGCAGCUUAUAUUCAGAGUACCUCAAUCCUGAGAAGGUUCUGGAACACUACAAUUACACCAAGGAGACGCUGGACAUGCAGGAGACCCCCUCCCGCAAAGUGGCCUCAGCCUUCAUCAUCAUCCUGUGCUGCACCAUAGUGGCGGAGAACCUUCUCGUGCUAAUCGCAGUGGCAAGAAACAGCAAGUUCCACUCAGCAAUGUACUUGUUCCUCGGCAACCUGGCAGCCUCCGACCUGUUGGCAGGUGUGGCCUUCAUGGCCAACACCUUGUUCUCAGGGCCUGUUACUCUGUCACUAACUCCCUUGCAGUGGUUUGCCCGCGAGGGUUCAGCCUUCAUAACCCUCUCUGCCUCAGUCUUCAGCCUCCUGGCCAUCGCCAUAGAGAGACAAGUAGCACUCGCCAAGGUCAAGCUUUACGGCAGUGACAAAAGCUGUCGAAUGUUGAUGCUCAUUGGGGCCUCGUGGCUGAUCUCGCUGAUUCUGGGUGGCUUGCCCAUCCUAGGCUGGAACUGUCUGGACCACCUGGAGGCCUGCUCCACUGUCCUGCCCCUCUAUGCCAAGCACUAUGUGCUCUGCGUGGUCACCAUCUUUUCUGUUAUCUUACUGGCUAUCGUAGCGCUGUACGUCCGAAUCUACUUUGUGGUCCGCUCCAGCCAUGCCGAUGUCGCUGCUUCCCAGACUUUGGCCCUGCUCAAGACAGUCACCAUCGUGCUGGGUGUUUUCAUCAUCUGCUGGCUGCCGGCUUUUAGCAUCCUUCUCUUAGACUCUGCCUGUCCCGUCCGGGCCUGUCCUGUCCUCUACAAAGCCCAUUAUUUUUUUGCCUUUGCCACACUCAACUCACUGCUCAACCCUGUCAUCUAUACGUGGCGUAGCCGGGACCUUCGGAGGGAGGUGCUGAGGCCCCUGCAAUGCUGGCGGCGGGGGAAGGGAGUGACAGGCCAUAGAGGUGGGAACCCUGGUCACCGACUCCUGCCGCUCCGCAGCUCCAGCUCACUGGAGAGAGGCGUGCAUAUGCCUACGUCACCCACAUUUCUGGAGGGCAACACAGUGGUUUGAAGGGAAAGGGUGAGCUGAUAGAUAACCAAAGCCACAGGCAGCUCUGUGGGGAGAGACCAAGUGACCUCACGGUGUCCCUCAGUGCCACAGGCCCGAUGGAAUAGGUCAGGUGGCCAAUGGAGGCACUAAGUUAUCGGAUCGUAGUAUCCUGACUGUAGGGACCAUUAGGGUCUAGGGGGACAGCAGGCUGGAGCUUAGGGCUAGAGCAUUUGCUACUUGGUACAAAGGAUGUUAGCAUCCUGUCCUACCUUCCAGCCAGCCACUUGGCUCCCUUCCUGCCUCCUUUUUUAUUUUAUUUUUUUGGUUUCUCGAGACAGGGUUUCCCUGUGUAGCCUUGUCUGUCCUGGACUCUCUUUGUAGACCAGGCUAGCCUCAAACUCACAUCGAUCUGCCUGCCUCUGCCU